GAGGACGUCGUGGCGUCCAACAGUCUGGAGGACGAGCUGGAGGUGACCACCUACUGGUGGGGGGAGUGGGCCAAGUGGACGGCGUGCACUCGUGCCUGUGGAGGGGGAGUGAUGUCACAGGAGAGACACUGCCUCAAACAGAGAAAGAAAGUUGCUGCUGGGAAGGACAACAUGACCUGCACAGGAACUGCAAAGAAAUACCAUCUCUGCAACACUGAAGAAUGUCCUGCCACUGGGAGGAGCUUCAGAGAGGAGCAGUGCUGGUCCUUCAACUCCCAGCUUUACAAUGGGAGGAACUACCAGUGGAAGCCUCUGUAUCCUGACGACUACGUUCACAUCUCCAGUAACCCGUGCGACCUCCACUGCACCACGACCGACGGCCAGAGGCAGCUGAUGGUAACAGCACGAGACGGCACGUCCUGCAAGUACAGCAGUUACCGCGGCGUCUGCGUGGACGGUAAGUGUGAGCCAAUCGGAUGUGACGGAGUACUGUUUUCCCCCAAUAUCUUGGAUAAGUGCGGGGUCUGCCAGGGGGAUGGCAGCAGCUGCAGCAGAGUCACCGGAAACUUCCGCCGCGGGGCCACGACUCUGGGUUACUCUUUUAUUACUCAAAUCCCUGAAGGAUCAUGGGACAUCCAGAUUAUUGAGAGGAAGAAGUCAGCUGAUGUUCUAGCUGUGACCGACCAGGCAGGCAACUUCUUCUUUAAUGGGGCCUACAAGGUGGACAGUCCCCAGAACUUCCAUGCUGCAGGCGCCGUCUUCAAGUACCGCCGGCCCAUGGACGUGUAUGAGACCGGGAUUGAGUACAUUGUCGCCAAAGGCCCCAUCGACCAGGCCAUCAAUAUUCUGGUGUGGAACCAGAACGGUCGCACACCGUACAUCACUUAUGAAUACACCGUCCUCCGAGACUCCCUGCCACCCGUUCCACCUCCUCCUGUCUACACUGGGUCAGACACCUCCGCUGGAGAGGUCUCUGUGGAGGUGGGGGGUCUGCUGACCCCUAACAGUAGUCUUUAUGACGAGUUGGUCCCUGACAGCCAGAUGGAGCCAGAAGGUGUAGAUGGGCAGAAGGGCCAAGAGACUAACGAGGUGUAUGAGGAGACGGCAGCCAUUGACUGCGACCAGGAUGGGGCAGCUGGCCCAAAAUUUGCAGAAGGAAACAGCAGUCAUACAGGCAGCACUGCCAAACCUGUCCCUGCUGGAGGGCCCCUGGACAUGGGGCCAGACUCCCCAAACCUCAUCUGGAGGGUCCUGCUGGACGGCCGCAUUAACCCCGACGAGCUGCUCAUCAACAUCUCAACCAAUCAGCUGCUGACAGAGGGAGACAGUUUGUUCUCGUCAGAGUUGGGACCAGUGGACAUGGACCUGAGCAGCCUGGAGCCGGACGGGCCGUUUGGUGUCAACGAGACGCUGGAGUUUACUCUGGGUCGCAAACGCAACGACAGCGGGGACGGUUCCUACCAGAACAAAACAGUGCAGGGUGGAGGGAGGAGCUCGAGCCGCUCCAACAGAACCAGGUAA